UUUGGACAGAUCUGCUGUCGCAGAAUAAGAUUGAGUUGUGAGUAACAUGCACCGGACCUUGGUUAAUGUCAAUGGUUUUUUUGUUUCCGGGUGUCGGGAAGCUUUUCGCGUUUGUUGACUAUGUGACUAUGACAUCAUCUGGCCAGUUAGAUACAUAUACGUUCUGGCGAGAUAUAAUCCCACGCCAAGAACAGUGCACAGCAGAAUGCCAAAAGAACCGCACGUUUGUGGUAACAAUUAGCAAGUGCCGGUUCGAAUUUCGGCGAACACACAUCAACUGAACUCUAGUGAUGACUACUGUAUAAAUUAACGGAGUUUUGGAAAUUAUAUUUCUUAUUUCAAGUAAUAAUGGAGUAUUUCAAAAAUUGGUGGAGGUCACGGUUUGGAAGGCGGCGUAAAUAUAUUAUCGUACCAUUUCAGCCAGAUGUGACUGAUGGCGCCAGAUUAGGCGUGCUCGCCGUCCAAGGCAUCGACUUCUGCAACGACUCCAACGGGGAAAAUCAUCACACCAGCAAAUUCAAUCUGAUGACCAAACCCGUGGACCGCUGUCUCGUGGUGCGGCGUGGACAGGCCUUCAAACUCGACCUGCUGCUCAACCGGCCCUACGAUGCCUCUAGGGACGCGUUGUCCUUUAUUUUCUACGUGUCCGAUGUGGAGAAACGCGGACCAUCAGACGACACAUCAGCUGCAGUUCCACUGCUGGACAAAGGAUCAGAGAUGCCCGGAUCCUGGACGGCCGUGUACGAAGGACAAAUGGACUCCCACCUGAUGGUCGCCAUCACGGCUUCAGCAAACUGCAUCGUCGCUGCUUGGAGACUCGAUAUUGACACCAAGCUCAAGACUGGAGGGUCCCUAAGCUAUACGCACCCACAGCCUAUUUAUGUGCUAUUUAAUCCUUGGUGCUUAAAUGAUCAGGUUUAUAUGCCAGGACAUAGUCAUCGUGAAGAAUAUAUUCAAGAAGAUGGUGGUCUAAUGUAUCGAGGCGUUUACAACAGAAUAAAGCCAACGCCAUGGAAUUACGCUCAGUACGAGAAAGAUAUUCUGGACUGCGCGCUUUAUCUAGUCAGAGAAAUCGGAAAGGUGAAAGGUCGCGCCCGAAGCGACCCCAUUCGGACGGUGCGGGCGUUGUCCGCCGCCAUAAACGUGCAGGACGACAACGGUGUGCUGAUGGGCAACUGGGGCACCGAGCUCAGCGACUACGACGGAGGGACACACCCAGUCAAGUGGGUUGGCUCCCUCGCUAUCCUACAGAAGUAUUACACCAAGAAAAAACCCGUCAAAUACGCGCAAUGCUGGGUUUACGCAGGUGUUUUAACCACAAUUUGCAGAGCGCUGGGUAUUCCCUGCCGGCCAGUGACUGGGUAUGACGCGGCGCACGACAGUCAGGGCAGCCUCACCGUCGACAUCAUCAAGGACGAGGACGGUAACACGCUCGAGCACUUCACGCAGGACUCUGUCUGGAACUACCAUGUUUGGAACGAGGUAUGGAUGGAGAGGCCAGACCUAGGUCCCGAGUACGGCGGCUGGCAAGCCAUCGACUCGACGCCACAAGAAAUGUCAGAGGACCUCUUCCGCUGCGGCCCGGCGUCAAUACGCGCGGUUCGCGACGCUGACAUUCAGAAACCGUACGACGCGGGAUACGUUUUCGCGCAAGUCAAUGCUGAUAAGGUAUUAUGGAAAUAUUCCGGCGAAAUCCAGCCUCUCAAGCUACUGGCUCGGGACACCACUUCUGUUGGACAGAAUAUAUCCACCAAAGCCAUUGGAAAGAUGGAACGAGAGGACAUAACUGACUCGUACAAAUAUCCGGAGCGCACGUGGGAGGAGCGCGCGACGAUGGAAAAAGCUCUGCGUCGGUCAUCCAAUAUUUUUGCACGAUACUACCUCAACGAUGCCUUCAACGAUGUGGUGUUUGACUUCGAGCUGAGAGAUGAUAUCAAGAUCGGACAGAACUUUAGUGUCAUCCUACACAUGAACAACCGUUCGUUAGAGAACAAGCACCAAGUGAAAGGCGUGCUGCGGGUAGACACCGUGACGUACACGGGCAAGUCUGGCGAGUCCGUCAAACGACAGGAGUUCGACACGACGCUCGCACCCGAGGCUAAGGAGCAGGUCACCAUGUUGGUCACCUUCGACGAGUACUACAAGCGACUCGUAGAUCAGGCAUCCUUCAACAUCGCCUGCCUCGCCUCAAUAGUGGACAAGAACUUCGACUACUUCGCGCAGGACGACUUUAGGGUCCGCAACCCUGACAUCAAGAUCACCGUGGAAGGCAAGCCGGUGUCGCACAAAGAAUUCACUGUUACAGUCAAGCUUGAGAACCCGCUGCCCAUACCGCUGAAGAAUGGAAAAUUCUACAUCCAGGGCCCGGGAUUGGAUGAGCAGCUCAAGAUUUCUCUGGAUGAGAACGUGCCCCCCGGUGAGUUCGCGACCGCGCAGUUCAAGCUGACGCCGCCGUGGGCUGGGCGGCACCAGAUCUCAGCGAAGUUCACCUCGAAGGAGAUACACGACAUCGACGGCUUCCUCAUCCUCAUGGUCGCGCCGCCGGAGACCAACGGAUACUCGGAAACAAACGGAUUAUAAGCUAACUUUAGGAUCCUACUGUGCCAUUGAAAGAACUUGCGAAUAACAAAGUAUUAUGCACGUGUAACUGUGUACAUUAGUAUGUUCCAAUGUGUUUGGCCAAAGUGGUCGAAUACAUUUGCUAAGUAUCCUUAUCGCUAAGGUAACAAUGGUGUGUUCCGAUAUAUUUGGCCACUUUGUCCGUCACUAUCUAUUUGACUGACUGUACAUAGGUCAAUCUGAAUGUAGUACAAUAACUUCUUGACGGAUGCGAAAACUAAAAGUGAGAGAAUAGAAUAUGUAAGUGUCAGAGUAUGAAUAAAGGUCGUUUCCAACAGGCAUCAAUUAUCUGUCAAAUAUAAUUUACCGAUAGCGGUCUCCGCAUGAACUGCGGCUCCAGGUGAUGUAUUAAGGGGAGCGUAUGUGCGGAGCAAGGGCUACUCUGGCAAGUUAGCUUUAUCAGUAGAAAAAGGCGGCAAAUUUGAUAAAUUUAGGCGCGCGGGAUCUUUCUCCAUACUAAUUUAAAAAUUUCAGGCCUUCUUUUACUUACAAAGUUAGCUUGCCAGAGUAGUACAGUACCUAAUACAAAAUAUUAUGAUAUUUAUGAUAUGACAGUUGAGUCCGCAGCAAGCUCGGUUUUCCAAACAAACGUAGUUACGCUCUCAUUUAAAAACGACUAGAUAGAUUGCUAUGAACAUUUGUACUUACAAUGGGGUAAGUUAUACAAUCUAUGCCUGUAACUAGUUUAUGUAGCAUUAGAUAAUAUAUUUAAGUUUUUCAUACAAAACUUGAUUUUGCUCUAUUUCGUUUGUUUUAUAAGCUGGAGCUAUAUAAAAUAAUUACAGGCAUGUAUAUACCUCAGUCGUAUCUAUGUGCAAAGUUUUAUUACAAUCCUACACGUAGUUUUAAAAUGAGAACGAAACUCCCUUUGUAUGGGAAGGUAAAUUCGGGUGAGCUUGCUGCGGACUCUUAAGUAAGUAAACAAACACUAUAAAUUCAUAUGUCUUUGAGUUUUUAUCUUCGGUGCCUAGUAAAAAGCUUUAAAUGUGUUAUAGUUCUACCAGUCAGGAGCGGAAAGAAGCCAAGCAAACGUAAUUCCCAAAUGAAAAAGAAAUCAUUUGAAUGCUUCUCCGCGAAGCUACUUUUGUUGCUGACUGUACAACUUAUUAUAGUUUUACUUAAUAGCAUAACUUGUAAUAUAAGUCAAACCUAAUAUACUUGUAAGUAUUAUUUAUGAAAUGUUUUCCUCAGUUAACAUUAGGUUAUUAAGAGAAUAAGUAGUAAGUAAAAUAAAUAUUUUUAUUAAUAAUAAAUACAACUACGAGCAAACCGGUAUAUUUUAAUUGUAAAAUCAAUCGAACUCAGAAAGCUGGAACAUUAAAGUAUUUUCAAUUAAUAA